GGCCCGUCCCGACCGGCGCGGGGAGAUGGCGGCGGCGGGAGCGGAGGAGCGGUGGGGCGCGGCGGGCCCCGAGCGCAGCCCCGGCGCGCUGGGCUCGUUGCUGAGCCGCCUGCCGCUGGCCUCGUCCCCGCGGCGGCGGACCGCCAGCCAGUGCCAGCCAGAGCCGCCGCUGCUGCGCACCAGCAAGCGAACCAUCUACACGGCCGGGCGGCCGCCCUGGUACAGCGAGACCGGCGCGCCCGUGGACGAGGCCUUCGUCAUCGGCCUGUGCGGCGGCAGCGCCUCGGGCAAGACGACGGUGGCGACGCGGAUCAUAGAGGCGCUGGACGUGCCCUGGGUCGUGCUGCUCUCCAUGGACUCCUUCUACAAGGUGCUGGAUGAGGGGCAACAGGCGCUGGCAGCCCGCAGCGACUACAAUUUCGACCACCCCGACGCCUUCGACUUCGAGCUGCUCGUCAGCGUCCUCCGCAAGCUCAAGAAGGGCAAGAGCGUGAAGGUGCCGGUGUAUGACUUCACCACGCACAGCCGCCGCCGCGAGUGGAAAACGGUGUACGGGGCUAAUGUCAUCGUGUUUGAGGGAAUCCUGGCGUUUGCGAACAAGGAGCUGCUGAAGCUUCUGGACAUGAAGGUGUUUGUGGACACGGACUCUGACAUCCGCCUGGUGCGGCGGUUGCAACGCGACAUCAUGGAGCGCGGGCGCGACAUCGUGGGCGUCAUCAAGCAGUACAACAAGUUUGUGAAGCCGGCCUUUGAGCAGUACAUUGAGCCCACAGUGCAGGUGGCAGACAUCGUGGUGCCCAGGGGUGGGGAGAACUUCGUGGCCCUGGACCUGAUUGUGCAGCAUGUGCACAGCCAGCUGGAGAAGCGCGAGAUCACUGUCAGGGCAGCUCUGGCCUCUGCCCACCAAGGGCAGCCCCUGCCGAAGACGCUGAGUGUGCUGGAGAACACGCCGCAGGUGCGGGGCAUGCACACCAUCAUCAGGAACAAGGAGACGACCAGGGAUGAGUUCAUCUUUUACUCCAAGCGCCUGAUGAGGCUGUUGAUUGAACAUGCCCUCUCCUUCCUGCCACUGAAGUCGGUCACUGUGGAGACACCCCAGGGGACAACGUACGAAGGAAAGCGGUUCCACAGGCAGCGGAUCACAGGCGUGUCCAUCCUGCGAGCAGGAGAAACCAUGGAGCAGGCCCUCACCGCUGUGUGCAAGGACAUCCGCCUUGGCAAGAUCCUCAUCCAGACCAACCUGGACACGGGGGAACCCGAGCUCCACUACCUGCGCCUCCCCAAGGAGAUCAGCGAGGACUAUGUCAUCCUUAUGGACAGCACUGUAUCCACAGGGGCUGCAGCCAUGAUGGCCGUACGCGUCCUGCUGGAUCACGAUGUGCAAGAGGACAGGAUCUUCCUGCUGUCACUGCUGAUGGCGGAGAUGGGGGUACAUUCUGUGGCCUACGCCUUUCCCCGCGUCCGCAUCAUCACCACCGCUGUGGACAAGAGGAUCAAUGAGGAGUUCCACAUCAUCCCGGGCAUCGGAAGGGCUCCGAGCUGCUGGUCUGUGCCACCUGCCCACAGCACGCCCCUGCCAGCCCAUGGCUCUCCUGCCCGCAGGACCAGCCUCUCGCUGACAGCCUCUCCCUUCCACCCCUUGUGAGAUGAUGCUCCCAGAGGAGGGAGGGAGGGAUGGCUUCGCCUGCGGCUGAACACUCCCCUGUCCUUACCCCCCAGGCCCCCUGCACGGGUGGGUGGGCUCCCUGGGGCUUGUGCCUGAGCGCUGGUCCCCCUCUCCUGCGGGGAGAUGGGGAAUGGCAUUCUAUCCCCUCGAGGCUUGUCCCGGGCCCUGGCUGGGCACUGGGUGAGCUCCCUUGCUGGAAUCUGUAUUUAUUUGUAUUUAUUUUGAGCAGCUGCCCCCCACUCCAGGCUCUCCUGUGGCGUGGGUCCAGCUACUUGAAAAACAUCAGGGAUUGGGGAUCUCCUCAAGGAACCACCUUGUCCCCACCGAUCUGACACUCCGUUGCCUCCCACUCCCCAGCCGAGCCUGGCUCAAGGGGAGCAGGACAGAGGCUUUGCCUUCACCUCUCCUCGCCGGGGGUUUGAUAUUCAAACACUCUCCCUGCGGGUCCCGGCCGCCUCCCACUCCACGGGGUCAUCCUGGGGCCCAGCCCGGCCCCGCGGGCCUCCGGUGCCCCAGGGGUGGGGAGGGAGGGCGGUUCUGCCCCGGGGCCCUGCUCUGCCCCCGCCGCCGCCGCCGCCGCCCGUGUUGCUCAGGUUCUUCUUCGAAAGGGCAGCAGCGGCCUCGCCUCCCCCGCCGAGGCAGCGGGAGCGGCCCCGGGGCCCGGUGCUGCCCGCCGGGCCCAGGGCACUGCCCCCCGCCCCCUCCCCUCUGCCCUCCUUUUGUACCUAAUAAAGGAGCAGCGCGA